AUGGAAACAGCCGAUCUCAGCACGGUCACGGAUAUCAAUGAGUUGGCCAAAUUCCUAAGUGACGCUCAGCUGCAAGACUUGUCUUCCUCUCACUCGGUGGACUGCAUCAUCAUCUGCGCCUCCGCUGUUCUCUACGGCGCUGAAGUACUUUUCAAAACUCUUACUGAACGUCCGUCACUCGCCAAGUGUCUGGUAUUAUGCGGUGGUAUUGGCCACUCGACUCAAUUACUUUACGACGCUGUCAAGCAACAUCCUCGUUACUCCCAGAUCGGCGAUGAGAUCAUGGGUAUCCCAGAGGCCUGUGUGCUAGAGCAAAUUCUGGAAAAGUUUUUUAAAAAAUCAGAAAUCAGCAAAGGAGAAUGCAAAAUCCUCAUUGAGGAUCAAUCCACAAAUUGUGGACAAAAUGCCUUGUUCAGCCGCAAAGUCCUCGACCAGGCGGGCUUCAAGAACUUGAAGACUUGUAUAGUUAUUCAAGAUCCUACGAUGAUGCUCAGAACAAAGGCAUCAUUUGAGAAAGUCUAUGAAGAUUCCUCAUGUCCUGUUUCAUUCAUCAGCUGCCCGAUAUUUGUUCCACAGAUGAAAUUGUCGCACUCCGGGUCGUUGGAAUACAAUACUGCUUUUGAAUCCAUCACUUUGUGGUCAAGGCCGCGGUUCCUGGAAUUGAUAAUGGGCGAGAUUCCGAGGCUGAGAGAUGAUGAAAGGGGCUAUGGUCCUAACGGAAAAGGUUUCAUUGCUCAUGUUGACAUACCAAAUAGCGUGGAGCUCGCCUGGUCAAGGUUGGUAGUCACCUUUAGAGCCUUCAGGCAGAUAUGA